AUGUUGAUGAACUCACAAAAAUUAACUGAAAUGAGCGAUACCCAGUUCGAGGAGCUGGUUUCGCUCAUUAGAUAUUCUGCGAUGAACGCUUCUGAUCUAUCUUCCAAUGUAGCAAUGACCUUUUUGUCGAACAUGGCUCUGGAAUCUAAGUCUGAGAACCAACCGAACCUAGAUUUAGUGAACGAGGAUGAUAGGAGGUACAUGGACUACAUCGAUGAGGAAAAGGCGCUCGAGCCGGACCUUCUUGACUCCAUUAGCAGCUCUUCUUCCUCCAGAAGGGAUCGACGGAGCAAGUUCAAUGGCUUCAGAGUUGCAAUGUCGCGGCUCUUCACUCUCACCAAGAGGCGAGAGACCCACAUGGCCAAUAUCAUCGAGUCCAAUAUUGAGUCUGACAGGCGGAGCAGGAAGGAAAGGUUCACCAUAUCGUAUGCGGACUUGAUGAAGCCGAGCACCUUCAAGUACGACGCGAAGCUCCUGGACGUGCCCAUGCACGACUUCAGGAAGAGGAGCAUGUCCUACUCGGACUCUAUUGAGGUCAAGGUCGUGCCGACUGAAGACGCGCUCGAGGCUCCCGAGCCGAAGAUCUAUUCGCUUCCGUUCGAGUCGAACACGCUCUUCCGCAAUAAGCACCCGUGGCUGCAUCCCACCCUGUCCUUCACGAAGCUCUGCCGCAUCAAGUACGUCUUCAUGACUCUUCCGAACAUGGUUUCGCACCUGGAUCCCUCCACUUCCGCAAUCGCAUGGACCCUUUUCGAGAGGCUCGUUUUAAUCGGCAUUGUGACCAAGUUUAAUCGGAAACUGUACUCGUCGAUCUGUUACAUACUCGCAUACAAAUUUAACCAAGACUAUGAAUCGGACGUCAUAAAUGAGAUUUUAAACAUUUUCACCAGAGAAAAGAACAUGAACGUAAAGUUAAUAUUUUAUAAUGAAAUGAAGAUUUUCACUUUACUCGAUUUUUCGCUAAAGCUGAGAUACAGUUACAUUCGCAAUCACAUAAAGCAAUACUUAGAGUACAAUAAACAAUCGUUUUUCAACUUGUAUGAUACCCCUGAGUCCACUUACACCAUGCUUGAGAUGGAUUAG